GGAUUUAGAGAGCUGUGAGCUUUACAGAGAUGGUUUUGGGUGAAGGGAGGCGGGUGUGCAGGUGAAUUUCACACCUUGGAUUCUGUUCAUUUCGCCUCUUUGAGGUUUCUGAAAUUAACCAGAGGCUUUUGUUCGACAGUGAGGAGGUCCGCUAGGGCUGGAUUCGGGCUCCUCCCACUGGGUGUGGAAUAAAGUUACCGAGUCCUCAGCAGAUUAGGGCAAGCACUGACUUGUAAGGAUCGAGUCCUGAGAGCUUGUGCACGCUGGAGAGAGAGAGAGAGAGAGGAAGGUGAAGAAAAACCAUGAGUGUCUGAUCAAAGAGGUAGCGAGAACUUUGCAGUCAAAGUUUGAGGGUAAACCUCGCCUCUUUUCCCUAUCUCCCUCAAUAAAAGAAGACCUAGCUAUCAUCUUUCCAUUGUCUGGCAGGAGUGAUCUGUUCAAAAGAAUAAAGCAACUCAGCGCUGGUUUCUCCCGGGCCCGAGGGAACCUUCCCACACGAUGUCCGUCACCGUUCACGAGAACCGGAAAUCACGUUCCAGCUCUGGCUCCAUGAACAUCCAGCUGUUCCACAAGCCAUCGCACGCAGACAGCCUGCUGACCCACCUCAACCUCCUGAGGAGGCGUCACCUCUUCACCGACGUGACCCUCCGCGCGGGGAACCGCUCCUUCCCCUGCCACCGUGUGGUGCUGGCCUCCUGCAGCCGCUACUUCGAGGCCAUGUUCGCUGGCGGCCUGAAGGAGAGCCACGACAGCGAGGUCAACUUCCACGACUCCCUGCACCCCGAGGUGCUGGAGUUGCUCCUCGACUACGCCUACUCGUCCCGUGUGCUGAUCAACGAGGAGAACGCCGAGUCCCUGCUGGAGGCCAGCGACAUGCUGCAGUUCCAUGAUAUCCGGGACGCCUCAGCGGAGUUUCUGGAGAAGAAUCUGCACCCCAUGAACUGCCUGGGCAUGAUGCUGCUCUCUGAUGCCCACCAGUGCGAACAGCUCUACGAGCUCUCCUGGCAGGCCUGCCUGGCCUACUUUGCAGUGCUGUACAGGACGGAAGACUUCCUGAACCUGCCCAAGGACAAGCUGGUUGAGCUGAUCCUGAGCGAGGAGCUGGAGGUGGAGGACGAGAGCCUGGUCUACGAGGCGGUGAUGGGCUGGGUGAAGCAUGACUUGAGGAGGCGGAGGGACGACCUGCCGGAACUCCUGCGCUGCGUGCGCUUGGCCUUGCUCCCGGAGUCUUACCUGUACCAGAGCGUGCUAGGGGAGGAGCUGGUGGCCAGCCACCAGACUGGCAAGGGGGUGGUUGAGGAAGCCAUCUGCUGCAAGAUGCGGAUCCUGCAGAACGACGGCGUGGUCACCCUCCUGUGUGCCAGGCCUCGCAAGGUCAACCACGAUGUGCUGCUGCUGGGCGGCCAGACCUUUGUGUGCGACAAGGUGUACGCCAUCGACCAGAAGGCCAAGACCGUGAUCCCCAAGACCAACAUUCCCAGCCCCCGCAAGGAGUGCAGUGCCUGUGCCAUCGGCUGUAAAGUGUACGUGACUGGCGGCAGGGGCUCCGAAAACGGGGUCUCCAAAGAUGUCUGGGUGUAUGACACCCUCCACGACGAGUGGACCAAAGCUGCCCCCAUGCUCCUGGCACGUUAUGGGCACGGCUCGGCAGAGCUGGACCAGUGCCUGUACGCCAUCGGCGGGCACACAGCCGUCAGCGUCUCCUUCCCGGCCUCGCCCUCCGUCUCCCUCAAACAGGUCGAGCACUACGACCCCCAGGCCAACAAGUGGACCCUGGUCGCCCCCCUCCGCGAGGGGGUCAGCAACGCCGCGGUUGUGGGCUCCAGGCUGAAGCUCUUCGUCUUCGGCGGCACCAGCGUCAACCGUGAGAAGCUGCCCAAGGUGCAGUGCUUCCACCCCGGGGAGAACCGCUGGACUGUGCCUGCUCACUGCCCACAGCCCUGGCGCUACACCUCAGCAUCUGUGGUGGGCGACCACAUUAUCGUCAUCGGCGGCGACACGGAAUUCUCUGCCAGCUCUGCGUACCGCUUCAACAGUGAGACUUACCAAUGGUCAAAGUUCGGUGACAUGACUGCGCGGAGGGUCAGCUGCCAUUCGGUGGCAUCCGGUAACCGCCUGUACGUGGUUGGAGGGUACUUUGGUGCGCAAAUGUGCAAGACCCUAGACUGUUACGAUUCGUCAACAGGCACGUGGAGUAACAUCACCACCGUGCCCUACUCGCUCAUUCCAACUGCCUUCGUUAGUACGUGGAAAUAUCUCUCUGUCUAGCUCAACCAUAGCUUCGAGCCUGAGGUUCGAUGGAUUAUCUGUCGUUGUUAAAAGGCAAAGAGCAUUGAAGAACGUUAGCUGGCACAGCCGUGUUCGCUCGAUGUUGUCCUGACACUGGAAGGAAUUGGGCCAAAGAGGACUGAGCUGCACCCUCUCGCUGACUGUCGGUGCCUGAGGUCAGCACCAUUGUCAAAAUUCAGCAGACCACACCAUGUGUAUUUUGGUGCUCCAGCUGUUUAUGACAAACAGACCUCUCGAGGGUUUUGGACUUCACCUCUCUUAGACUUCACGCCUGUCUGAUGUUUGUCUUGUUUAUCAUUUUUAAGACACAAUAUUUGCCUGUUCAGCAAAGACUGUCGCUAUGGUAACCGGCUGAGGAACCGCAUUUAAGCUGGUGAUGUCAGGUUCUGAUACCAUGCCCCUUCCCCACCAAGGAGGACCAGGGCAGUGGGUGCAUGGAGACACCAUCAUCUCCAGCUCACCAACCAUCGCAGCCCAGAAAUGUAUCAGCCAUCGCUUCACACUUACUGGGGGUCACCAUUCCAGAACGUUCUACACUGAGAGUGUCCGUUCAUUGAACAGGCUGUGAUGUAUCACCACGCGUCUGGAAUUGGACAAUAAACAUGGGCCAUGCUAAUGAAGCCCAUUUCCCGAGGACUGGAACAAAUUCCUUCUUCACUCAGACCUGUGACCAUUUCCGACUUCCUUCUCUCCUAUAAUCCACAGACUUUGAAAACCCAAACUUGGCAUUAUCCGAUUGGGCCCAAACUCUGGUUUCACUCUGACACGUCCUAUCCCAUAUUCUUUAGUUCGGUCACCAUUCUAUCCUAGAUUGGAGCAGAAUUUCCCCCUUGUUGCUGUGAUUCUGUUAACCCAGAUUGGGGGAGCUGACCCCUCUCCCGUAUCUAUGUAGUUUUGCACAUUCUGUUUUCCCACUUCAUGAUUUUGUAAUUUGGUGACUUGUUCUCUGCAUUUAUUUCUGUGAUGGGUGGGUUUCUGAGUCUUCAGAGAGCACCCAAUGUCUUUUUUUUAACAGUGUUAUCUUGUCUCGAUGUCUUGGUGUGAACAGACUGGUUUUCUUCACCUGACUAAACUGUUGUUGCGAGAACAAAAAGUCUGUGGUUCUGAAUUAGUUAGUUUUAAUUGUUGAGCACUGGAGCCCAAUCUCAUGGGAAAGAUAAUAGCAACAGGAACUUCCUUUCUCCAGUUUGCCAGUGGAAGCCUUGGAAACCAUCAGAUCCAGGGUGAGAGGGUUUCUGUUGUAGUUGAAAAGCCUCCAGAAAUUCACCAUUUAACUCUCCCAAUGAUUCACCAGAUAAAUGUGCAGCCUCCAGAUCCAAGGGAGAUACCUGGGAAGAUAAAAGUGCUCUGCUCUUUGCCUGGGCGUCUCCUGGCUUAGGCCCCACCAUCAGCUUUUAUUGCCUUUUGGGGUGGGCGGUGGGAUAAAAUGUCCUGCUACAAAAGGGACAUCUGCUGGUGCCAGGGGCAGGACUUGCAUUGGUUGUGAUGACCACCGUAGUGGAAUAGCCGGCUGUCCACACUCCAGUUGUGGAAGGUCUCUAGAACUGAACUGGAUCCUGUCAAACGGACCAGUUGGUUGACAAAGUAAAUUCACCAUAGCCCCACUGUGUCAUUAGAGAGAGAGAGAGAGAG